AUGACUUCAUAUUCACUUCGUAUAAAGUAUUUUUUUGCUACAGCUCUUGCUAGUUUCUUAACAACGAAAUAUGUGUCAUCACAUGAACAAAACUUCGUACCAAAAUAUGAAUCUGAAACUGGUUUAAAAUUUCCAGAAUCCGUUAUUGAUCUUGCAUGUUUAGCAAAUACAUUUCCAUCACGAUAUAAAAAUAAUUAUCAUGAAACGAAUGUUUGUCUAUCUCAAGUAUUGAACAAUUAUACUGAAAUUAAACAAAUUCAUGGUUUAGUAUAUGAUGACAUCGAUCAAUCAUUUAUUUCAAAUACAUAUCCAUCUUUAGGAAUAAAAGGAUUUCAUUUGAAAGUAUUUGAAAAAGAGAAAAUUGACAAAAAUCAAAAUCAUAAUGUAUUUAUUAUUAUACGUCAUCAAGAACAUGAUUCAGUUUUAACAGAUGAAAUGAAUGAAAUGAUGAGUUUAUUUGGACCAGCUGCUACUGUUGAUCGUCUGCAAGGUAAUAAAGAAGUUUUUGGUGCAUCAACCAUUUCAUCUAUGCUUCGUUUUGUACGACAACAAUUUGGUCUUGAUUAUUUACCACAAGCAAUUUCUAUGUUUAAUCAAAUUCAAUUACAUUAUAAAGAUAAACAUCAUAUUAAAUAUAUAUUUAGUGGUUUUAGUUCAGGAGGUUUAUAUGCUAUUGUAUUAGCUAUAUAUUUUAAUUGGCCAGCAAUUACAUUUUCUGCAACAGGAGUUGAAGAUAUUAUUAAUAUUUAUUAUUCAGAUUUAUUUACAGAUAAAAUAAAACAAUUACAAAUACCACCGAUAUUUAAUUUUGCUCAUGAAUUAGAUUCGGUUCCUCAAUUAGAUUGUCAACUGGGAACAUUAUGUUUGUAUGAAUCGGAAAAAAUUGAUCAACAAUCAAAAUUAACUGCUGAAGAAAUUGAAGCAAUACAUAUAAGUACUAUAUUUGGUCAAACUGAACCAGAAAUAAUCCAAUGGCUUCGUCAACCAAAAAAAUGGACAUGUAUAACAUCGGAUAGUUAUAAUUUAAAAUAUGGUAGUUGUAAACGAGAACGAUUGAGAUGGAAAGAUCGAAUGAAACUUAAUUCUCUUGAUGAAACAUCGAAUAAACAAGAUUUAUGA